CGCUUUUCCAUUUCUCCUCUGAGCUGCUGUCUUCAUGUAUCUCUUUAGGAGCCGACAGCGCUGAACUCCGUGCUGUUAACUGGGUUUCAACUGAACCACCUGUAGAAGAGCUAAGCAUCCCUUAGCUGCUGCUACUGCUCUUUCUAGCACAUGCUGUCUCUUUGCCUUCCUCACCACGCUCGACAGCUUUUCCAUCUUUCUUCAGCCUAGCAAUGACAAAUGCCCAAAUACCACCGCUCCAUUCUCCUCAAGCUUUGCCAAAUUAACCGAGUUUGAGCCACUCGGUCUAAUGUUCGUGCACAAUUUCUUCGACCCAAGGAACUGUACCGGGACAAAAUGUCAGUUCCCAUCUGCUACCUUGCUCCUCAGGCACUCACAUGGCUUGAAUGGUUGACAUGACGUGGCCCAUGUGAUCUUGCUUGGGAUCUCGCCGACGCCCAAGCCUGGUUCGAUCCUCUGUAGCUGUUUUUCGUACAACAUCUUGAGGGUGGAACAGAAGUGGCCACAUAGUCCAUGCCCGCGGGGAUAGACUUCCAACGACUGCAGACAGUGUCGGGGUUGUCGGGCCGAAUAAGGUCGCCGAAGCCGUUGCCAACAAUUGUGGUAACCCCAAUAGAAGGUAUCAAAUCCUCCCACCCAUGACCCCACGAGUGUAGAUGCUUGAUGUGAGUGUGGAUGGUGCCGAGCGGCGUAAUGACAUCUAGGAUAUCGAAUCCAACCCUACCUUUACGGCCAAGAUCUAGAGACUGGGGGAUCUUUAAUGCCAUCCUCUGAAGCCACUUUCACCUGCCUAUCAACUAGGAUCUCCAUUGUGUGUAGUAUCUUCUUCACUCGCUCCUCAAGGGUCGAGUAUUUUAUCACCUGUUUCCAGUCAUGUUUAGGUGCCUCUGCAAUGGUCAUGUAUGCUUGCUCGACACUCUCAAGACUAGUGCAUAGAAUCCAGAAAAUGGAGCACCUGGAAUCUUCAUCGCGCAUGCGGCAUAGGUUUCCAAUACUCUAAGAAAGUUUUGGCAGCUGAAGCACCACUUGCUGCAGCAUAGGCUCGCCAGGUUUUGUUUUUAUGGCUAUCGGCAUAGUCACACACCCCCUUGAUCAUGAUGCAUGGAACAUUAUCCCACACUCCUCCUGCUCCCUCCAUGUCAAACCCAAUGACCCCUUCUUCGCUGAUAAUUUUGUCGCGGCGCUCUCCAGAUUUCAUCACUGUGUAGAUAGAUGCCAUUUUCCCAGUAUUGCACUGAUGCUUUGACUGCUUCAGCACCGUCUCGGCGACGCCUAUCUCGGAUUUCAUUGCAACCAAGACUACUGCAGUUUUCCUCCAGUGCAUCUUCACAGAUAUCAUCUGGUGAGCUGCCAUGAAAGCAACAGCAGCUAACCGAAUCAUCCUCACUGUAAUGCUUGUGGUGAUAAGAGGAUUCAAAAAGAACGUCAUCGAAUUCGGGAUGCUGCCACAGUGGCCCUAAUAGCUGAAUAAGACGAAGAUUCUGGGACAUCUGCUCUUGAAAUUCAAUGAAAUAUUCGCGUAUCGUCAAAUGGGUAUGGAGCUCCCCCACAAGGUUGUCUCCUGGGGUCAUGCUGGACCAUUCUUGGUAGCUUUGUCACUUGAAUUUAGAUAUUGAGGCCAACUGUUAAUCACAAGAAGAAGCAGAUUUAUGGAUUUAACAUGAUCAUGCCCGGGUCAGUUUAAUGAGCACGAAGAUGAAGAUUGAGGGGUAAUCAACCUUGUUUAACCUGCAAGGUUGUUACUCUUUUGUGAAUGUAGUUAGCCAAUGAUAGCCACUAUACGGAGUAUCUUAGGCUUGUGGCCAGCACAGAACACCGCGGGCGACGUCUUCUGCUCCCAAACCUGUCGCCUGGCGAUUGAGCUGGAGAGGCGCAAUUACUCCUCCCUCGAUCCCAGUGUAGCCUGGCUCCCCCACACGCUUGGAACGUGCCCUCCAUGCAGAGCAUCCCAUUACAACAGAGCUCGUUCUCCGCCACAACACAAUCCGAGCUGAGAGAUGAUACAAGCUCUUUUGACCACAUUCGAGAAAGGAAAAGACGAAUCAUCAAUGGAUCUCCGAAAUCAGCUUGUGUGACAAAAGUUAUCUCCUUGGGAUCCUUAUCCUCGGUACAGAAUCACCAGAUCCCAGAAUGUUCAUAAUUCUUGCAUUUCUAGAAAUAGUUCUUCUCCGUGCGCCCUCAUUCACGACAAAGAGACACAGAUGGAUAUAUAUAACCCACAUUGCAAUUGUCCAGGCUGGAGCAUGAUGUAACUGUUGUAGAGGGACAGGAAGACCUUGACUGGACAGUAUCAACACGUGACACAGCUAAGCGCGGGUUCCGCGGAAGUUUAAAAGCUAAACUAAAUAAGGUUAGAAUGUGAUCCAGCCUUCCCCAGCCACUUCUAUUGGAACCGUUCAAACGCUCCCCUGAUGUACAGACCUCCUGUGUAUAGACAAGACAGCGGGAGGAAAGACAUCAAAGCAUAAACACUUCAAUGCCGUUGUCCCGCAAUCUCGUCUUCCGAUUGUUGCCAUGAUGAGAUAGAGCAGUAACAUCCCGCCCUUUGAAUGUGUCCUCAGUCCCUAAUCAUCCAAGUCUAGCGGGCCUCUGCUCACUUUCUGUAUCUAUACAUAUCCGGAUAUACCUCAUGUUUCCCCUCUGCAUAAGAGCCAACGCCCACACCUAGCCUAACCAAUUAACCUGCCCGAAUCCAAUUGCACCACGCAGCUACCAAUUACCUGCAUAACAAACAUAAAGCGGUAAGCAGCCCUAUCGCGCCCUCAAUGGACUGGCUCUACCCCUUCAGCGACCUGAGCCGUCGCCGCAGCACCAGCAGCACCAGCAGCCGCCGACGCUCACGCAGUCGAGACCGCUACUCAACAAUAUCCUCCCGCCACAGUGGCAGUCAUAGUCGCAGCAAAAGCCACAGCAGCCCGUCCCUCUUCAAUCUGGGCGGGCACGCCAACCGCUCCACCGCCUCCGCCGCCUCUAUCUUCUCGGUCGGCAGCGCCGCCUCCUCCUCAUCGCGCCGCGCAAAGCCGCGGUCGGGCUUCAUAGCCCGUACCGUGCGCAAGAUCAGACGCCUGUUCCGGCACAUCUUACGCUAUGCGCGCAGCCAUCCGCUGAAGGUGUUUUUCAUGGUUGUCAUGCCGCUGAUUACGGGCGGCGUGCUGCAGAAGUUGCUCUCCGUGGUGGGCGUUCGGUUGCCGCCGUUAUUGGGUGGAGGGCAUGGUGCUGGGUUUAGGGGGGGUAAUGGCGGUGUUGGUGGGGGUGGCCUGGGCGGGAUGCUUGGGGGAGGCGGCGGGGGAUUGGGGGGGAGUGUUGGUGGACUGAUGUCGUUGGCGAAGAUGUUUGUGUGAAGCGGACUCGAAGAGGGUGGAGCGGGGAGUGACUGAAAGCGAAGGGGCUGUUGGAUAUCGGAGCCAAUAAUGGAAGGGAGAAUUAAUAUUAUGGGGCAGCGGGGCCCUGUAUAGCGCACGAACGGGACUGGAUGAGGUUUGGAAUGAUCUAUCGUUAUUUUCGCGGAGCUUCACCGCCAUCAGCACUUGUGUGGAAGCCAGUCCGCACAUACAACAUGUCUACCUUUUUUUUUUUUUUUUUGGGUUGGCUUUUUGUAUUUUGGAUCCUAUGUUGUUUCUUCUUCUUCACGGUGGAAUUUUUCUGAAACGAAUUCAUGAAACGCCAAAACAUUAACGAAUCAGGAGGAGGAUGUAUAUCUGCAUGUGUCCCAACGAAUGGGGGAUAGAACGAACACCUUAACCAAGAUUCCACCAUGACGACCCAUAUAUGAUAGAUACCAGAAACUGAGUUUUCCGAGCUUGUUCAUUUUUGUUUCCUAUUUUUCCUGUAUUUUCCUGUAUUUUCAUGGUUCACAUAUUUCCUUAUCAGAUCGUUUCUGUACGAUGCGUUCUCUAUUCCGGAGCGCUAGAAAAUCCCUUGGCAAGAAGACCAGCUCCUGCCUGUUCUUCCGCGUUAGAAAGUUUCAUUCCAUGCAUGACAUCCUUUACAUGCAUUUCUUGAAAAUUAAAAUCUAAGCUACUGUAUCUAUUCAUACAAAGCCGCUUUAAUCUGCCUAACUCGUAGACUAAACUAUGGCUUGCUUCAAGACUA